AUGGGUGAGACGCGAGAUUAUUACGCGGACCUGGAGAUAUCUCCAACUGCCGAGAUAGCAGACAUCAAGAAGCAAUUUCGCAAACUUGGUGAGGACAAUCUGCCCGUCAUAGGCGCAGGAGCCUUGCUAACUCUGCCAGCCUUGCAAUACCAUCCCGACCGAAACCCUGGACGGGAGCAAGAAGUGAACGCUCAAUUUCAAAUUAUUCAAGCCGCCAACGAAGUUCUAUCAGAUCCAACCAAAAAAGCAAGAUAUGACGCGUCGUACGGCGGUAGAACCAACCGCUAUCCCGCAGCCUCUGGUCGCAAAGGCAACCCGUGGUCCGAGGCGGCACAAAACUUCCCCCCGCCUCCACGUCGCAACCCUCCUGGUGGCAAGCCAACAACGUCCGGUGGGGGAGCUCAAAGAUGGUCCUCCAGAUUCUCAGCUGGUGUUCCUCCCACAGCCAAGCAGUAUACUAACGCAGAUCCCGAGACCAAGAAGAAUGCUGCCAAGGCUUUCGACACUAUGCGCAAGUCGCAGGCAAAGAAGCCCCAGCCGAAGCCUGAACCACCACCACCUCCUCCUCGUACGCAAACAGGAAGAGAGCGCGCCGAGGCGUCAUUUGGUACGAGGAAGGCCUCCCAAGCAACUCGUCCACCGACAAGUCAGCAUGACCCUUCCUACAGAAAACCUGCACCUCAGCCGUACGAUAUCGGGUCGCAGACGCAAACUCCUGUGCCAGACCCUUUGAGCCAGUUUAGAGAUAAUGGUGCACACUCACACGCUCGCUAUAACUCGCAAUAUGCCACGCAUGGAGGGGAGAAGAUUGACCCAUUCGAGGGCAUGCGGAGGACUCCCAGCAUGAGAAAUGCGGAAGAUGAUACUACUAGGCCAUCGCGGGCCGACAACUUGAACAAUGGCACGGCCGGUGCCUAUGCGAAGCCUAGUUCACAGCAACAAACUCACCGCAGCGGUGGUGUUGACAGCGCCCAGCAAGAUACCGAAUCAAUGUAUGCAAACCCUUCAACACCAUAUUCGAAUAAGACCUCUCCGUCACAUUCGUCCAAAAACAGACCUACGAUGUCCUCAUCCUACUACGGAUCGUUGUCAAGUGUCUACAAUCCUCAGUCCGACAAUCUGGCAUCCAGUGAAAGCCAAGCUCUACCGCAAGACAGUCCACACUUCGACAAACAGCUGCAGGAUCUACUCGCUCGUUUGAUUUAUGCCAACUACCCCUGCCCAUUUUAUCCACCCAACUAUGACCAUACACCACGAAGAGGGUAUGCUGACAAGGCUCACCAUGACAGCUUCAGUUUUAGAGUCGACGAUGAUACAUUUACCCCAUCGGAUAACAGCCGAUCACCAUCACGCCGACGCCCGGCUCAUCAAAGCAGUUUCGAUAAGACUAACGUAGAUGCGAUCAACACCAAAUUCUCGAAAGAGUUUGCGGAUAAACCCUGGAAUUUUACCGCGGGAUCCCCAACCGCGGACAAGCCGGGUGCUCAGCCGUCGAACACGGACUCACCGAACCCUAAACAGAGCAAUCUGCCGGACGAUGGUACAGCAACGGAGGCACCCGUACACGAAACAGGCUUUAAUCCUGGUGGCUGGACCGACAAGUUUGGUCCCCAAACGUUUGUUCCGCAACAGGCGCCAGCUGGUUCGGCAUCGCCAACUAAGGCAUCGCGUACAAAUUCAAGAAAGAACAAGCCUGCCAAGUCGAAUGCAAACAAUCCCAUCGUCAUAAAUGAUAGCGAUGAGGAAGACCUGUACGAAUGGACGGGACGCAAGCCCCAGGCCCAAGAAACGUUCACGGACGGGCCUCAAGAGAUGGAUAUAGAUACUCCUCCCGCAGUUCCGCCCCGACCCCCGCCGUCCGCCCGUGGCAUUUAUGUUGAGCCACAUCGACCAGAGUGGCGAUCAGACAUCGUGCAGCCCGCAGCCCAACACGCUGCGCCAGAAGUUAGUGCUGGAGAGCCUUCAACACCGCCUGUGGGAGGCUCCGAGGAUAGCGAAGAGUUCAUGGCGAGCUUUGAGGAUUUGAAGAAUGUGGCUCCGUUUGCGCAGCAAAAAGGUGGAUUGAAAUCGUUUGCUGACCUGAAGGACAACCUUCCCUUUGAAUCGAGGGCGUCUGGGGAGGUGCCUUUGCGAAUGCCUCCCGUCCAGGCUCUUGUUUUUCCCACGCCACCCACUGCGCCCCGCCCACCUCCAACAGUCGCAAUUGACAACAUGAGGCCGAGUGAUCGUUCAUGGAACAAGUACUUUGACGACUUUGUAAUGUACUUCCAAGAAUGGGAGCUCUUCAAUACGCAAGUUGUCGACCAUUUUGCGACGAGAGAUGCGCACACUCGUCGAGAUCGUGAGUCCAAAGGCUACGCGUUCCUAGGCUCGUGCUCAGAGAAUGGGAUUCAAGAGUACUCAAGCUGUGUACAACAGGAUAACGAUGUGCGCCGACAAUGGAGAGCUGCUUGCGAAGGCCACGAGGAGCGGUUCAAGGAGUUUAUGGCGUUUCGAAACAAGAUGAAGGAGAAGGAUGGUCGAAAAGACGAUAGGGGAAAUGCUCAUCAUCACGUUGUUUAG